AGCCGCCGCUCCUGCCAAGAGAAGCACGUUAGUACCAAAAAGCCCCUGGAGGAAAAGCCAUGUCGAUGUCCAAGCUUUGCGAGGUGAAGGCCAAGAACGAGUUGGCGAUGAGCAUAGCUGACGCAUCCACGAGAGCCUCGGAAUCCCACGUGGAUGAGGAUGGGAUGUCUGAUGCCUCAGCUGCUUCUUUGGGAAACACGACCUUGGCCAGCUCAAAGCUGAGCAAGGCCCGCAAUGAGAGGGACAGAGGCCCUAAGAGGGCAGCGAAGAGGAUCCGAAGAGCCAUGAUCAAGAAAGGCAUGUGUCAGGAGGUUGUGGAUGCGAUGACGGACCAGGAGGUGCUCAAUGCGAGGGAGACCUCACGGCGAACACCGUUUUCAGAUCUCCUCGCAGAGCACUUGGGCAUGGUCUCGGAGGGCGCCGCGGUCACAAUCCAGGAGCGGCUGAGUGCGGCGCUUGCCGUGCCUGCGGGCCUGAAGGAUCCGCUUACGGAAGCGGAGUUGAGCCGGGCGCAAGCCUUUGCCAAGCCGGCGGAGGGAAUCGGUGGCAGGUGCAAGUUCUGUGGUGUGGUCUGGGACCCCUGCCACGCCCAGGGCAAGAACCACCUCAAGGCGGUCACAGAGCAUGCCCUGGGGACACGGCUCUUUGGCCCAGCCUCUUCAGCGAAGAGGCUUGACGCCACUGGGCUCGUGGUUGCCGGGCGAAAGCCGACCAAGCAGGAGGUCCAGCGCUUUUGGGGCGAUGUCACGCUGAUGCCCGUCGUGUUGUGGGACCGCCUGAACAAGGGGGAAGGCAUCCAAUUGCGCUGGGGCGGUGCGAAGAGCAAGGUGUGGCAGAUCAAGGCAGCCGUGGCGAACGGGCCCGUGGAGAACACUCUCAUCAUCCGCUCUGCCGAGUUGGCCGUGGUGAGGUAUGACCCGAUCAGCGGCAAGUACUCCAACCGGGGAGACUACUCCCGGGACGCGUUUGCGCGAUGGGAGGAGUUGGAGCAGGAGCUGGGCGAGAUCCAAGACGGCCUCCAGGGCCUUCACUCCCAGGAGCCGUGGUGGCCCGUUCUUGAGAUCCAUGUGGACGCCGAUGGCACCACUGCGGUCAUCCUCGUUUGCUACUACCAGCUUCUGGAGGCCAUCAUGUGGGCUUGGGUCCUGACCUUGGCGCGGUAGAUGUCUUCUAAUCCUGUUGCUGGUGUGCUUGGCGUUUCGCCGAGCUGCCAGUGACAAGGUUGGCACGCCCAUUUCCGUCGCCGCUCAGUGGCCCAGGCUCCAAGUUACAGUUUUGCCCAAGCA